GGUGACGUCAUCAACUCUCUCCUCCGGUUAGGCGCGCGCGAAAGCAGCGAAGUGAAAUUUCACGAGCUCGCGCUGAUCAACCUCUGCAGAAACUCUCUCUAAUCUUCAAACAUCUGCAAAAACCAUGGCGGACCCAAAGGAGACACAAGAUGAUCAUGAAACAACCACAGAGAAUGUGGAAGACUCCAACCAUGACCCUCAUUUUGAGCCCAUAGUCUCACUACCUGAGCAGGAUGUCAAAACUCUAGAAGAAGAUGAAGAGGAACUUUUCAAAAUGAGGGCAAAGCUGUACCGUUUUGCCAGUGAGAACGACCCCCCUGAGUGGAAGGAACGUGGUACAGGUGAUGUCAAACUCCUGCGACACAAAGAGAAGGGUUCCAUCCGUCUUCUCAUGAGGAGAGACCGCACCCUCAAAAUCUGUGCCAACCACCACAUUAUGCCGUUGAUGGAGCUGAAGCCCAAUGCAGGUAGUGAUAGGGCCUGGGUGUGGAAUACACAUGCAGACUUUGCCGAUGAACAACCCAAAGCAGAGCUGCUGGCUAUCCGAUUUCUCAAUGCAGAAAAUGCACAGAAGUUCAAAAUGAAGUUUGAUGAAUGCAAAGAAGAGGUCAGAAAGUUCCUAGAAGGUGACAUGAACAGCGCCAACAAAGUGGCAGAAAAGCUGGAGGAGCUGUCCGUAAAGGAUGACAAGUCAAAGAGUUCAGAGGACAAGAAAGAGAAUAAGGAGGAGGUGAAGAAAGAGAAGGCGGAGGAGGUGAAGAAAUGAGCCCAGGAACGCUGCGUCAUACGGAUCCUCCACUUGCCAUUUUCCUCUUUUCUACAACAGACUCUGCAAACUAAAUUUGGACACUUUCUUUUUUCUUUUUGGCCUCUUGACUUCACAAGACCUUGGUGCCACUCUUAAUGCGUCCAUUUCUCAGUCAUUAAGAUGUUGUGAGCUUCUGUCCCAUUCACAAACUCUCAUAUCGCCCUUCAUCUUUUCAUACAUUGUGGACCAGUCGUCAGUUAUGUAUUUGUGUAUUGACAUGACAUGCUACAAUACAAGGCUUGUGCUAUUGAUUGAUUCCCACAUUGGGUAACCUCUUUUGUUGUUUUUCUUUUGUACUUGAAAGAGUUAUAUUGAGUGUCUAGAUGAGCACUGUCUGAUAUGAGAGCAGGAUGUAUGAGUUGGUAGGGAGUAUGAGUAUCUGAGAAUGAGUAUGAUGACUUUUCCUAACAAUAAAGUCACAUGAGGAAUGUUUGACUUCUCUGUGGCUUGAAUUUGCUGUUCUUGAAUUGACAAAUUUUCUGUGGAGGGGUGCGCCAGACAGUUCUGUCAUCAAUAACUGAAGGACAUUUUUCAACCUAUAAUGAGUGUGACCCUCUUCUGUUUGAAAUGAAAAUCAAGACAAUAAAGUAUGGUUGACUCUGUAUUCAAUUGAGUGUUUGUGGUGCUCCCACAAGCUGGAAAAGUAGCAAGGAUCUACAAUUUUGUAAUCAAAAAGAAGCUGUUUAUAGAAAUGUUCGUGCUUUUUACAUGACAAAAAAUAAGACAACAAAUUAACUACUGUUAUCACAGAUUUAUAUAAUUCCAAAAGUAUUACUUCAAUUUAAAGAAACAAUAUUUUCAAAGAUUUAAAGGGCAUAUCUGCGGUUUGUCUCUGACCAUACAGAAUGCAAAAGAUGUUUUUUGCCUUUUUUUUUUUUUUUUACUUUGUAAAUUUUAGGAACUGUAGUUUUAUAUUGUUUAAUGAACAGCAAAUUUUCCACAUUCCCUGUUUUUGAGCAUUUUGAUAAAAACAGCAGGGUCCCUUAAUAUUAUGUUGACAUUUGAUAAUUGACACAUUUUCUAGUGGUAAUUAAUUAUUCAUAAUGUAAAGGGUUGUGAUCAAACCAAAUUAAAAGACUGAUGCUUUGUCAUA